AUGCUGAUAGGCGAACAUGAUACAGUCGAUGUUUUGCUCAAGGAGGAACGGCUAAAGCAGAUAUCGCGGUCCAUACGCUCCUUCGUGCCGUCUGGCUCACCAACGGAGGACUUCAAGACUCUCCUUGCUCGUGCGUUCUACACAAGCUCCGCCUUAAACUUGAGUGUUACCCACAGAGUGGCAGCAUGGAAUACUCUGUGCUCGUUGAUUGACCAGUCCCUCGAGUCGACGGUACCAGUUAUACGGGAGGCUGCCUGGAAAGACGGUGCUUGGGAACGGGCCUUCGAUCUCUACCUCAACCAUGCUCAGGGCGCAAGACCCAAGUCGUCCCGGCAACUCUUGGCGACCUUGACCAAUGCCUUGAAGAAAUCGGAAGGACAGGACUUGAGCAGCGUGAAGAUCAACGCAGCUCAAAAGCUUGUUUCGGCCUUGUUCAACUACGACGACGCAUUCUCAGCGAAAGUGGGCGCACAGCUUCUCUCACACAUGCUCGUCAAAGAUGUGCUGAGCAACGAUGAUGUUCUUCGGAUCUUUCGUCGGAUCUACAGCAGCUCUCAAUCAGGUUCGGAGUCAGAGAACUUUCUGCUUGUUUUGUUCAAGUGGCUUAGGUUUGGUGACUUCGGCUCUACCAUUGCUCACCUUGUCUCGAUCUUCCUUGACAAAUUGGACAUCCCAACUGGAGCAGCACCCGGGCCACCCAUAUGGAUCGACCCUCUUCAACACGCCUUCGUUCGUGGAUCAGUCAAUAUCGAUGACCUCAGAGCUCAUGUCCUUCCAAUUGUCUUCAAGCGCAACUUCAACGACUUUGCGUCUUUCCUGUACAGCCAAGGUGUGCACGACUCAGUAUUUCCAAACGUGAACGAGCGAUCGAAUGCGACCAACGAUGAACUUCUUUACGUUGCCUUACAGACUGGAAAAGAGCUCGGUCUACUUGAAGAGACAGACGAGAGUUCGAUAUCGCGACAUGAUAACUCUCUGCGUGUCCCGGUUGGAUACAUUGGCAACCUGCUCUUCCACAGCUCCCGGUCUGCUAGAGUGACCGGGCUGUACCUUCUGGUCACAUCACAUGCCGCGACCAGACCAUUCUCACGCAAAGCAUUAAGGCUGAUCCGGAAAGCACUAGAUGUUGUCUUUGCUGAUGUCGACGCCGACUUUCGAGGCGAUGUCUUCAGCACUUUUCAGAAGCUGAUCGACCGCUUUCGUAGCAUCACUGCGACUUUGGCACGACAAGCCAUUACGAUCAGCGGUCACCAUGAGACUGAAGUGACGAAUAGAAAGCAAAUGACUGAACAGCGCUUAUCAGAUCACCGAAACUUUCUCAAGUGGCUGCUCGACUUCUUGUGCUGGCAGCUACGACCGACGGCGAGCUACCAAAGACACAUCUCGGCGUUGAAAUGUUUGAGCACCUUGACCAGGUCUGGACUCGACGAAUCUAUCGCCGAGGAGUACUACUCGAAAUCGGCGUUGAGCGGCACGAGAUGGCCCUUUCAAAUGCAAGUCAUCACCGUGGAAAUGCAGCGCCCGCUACUGGAUCUUGUUCUGGACCCCUUCGACGAUGUGAGGCAGACCGCAUCUUCUAUUCUAGGACUUGCCUGUACUGCAUCGGAUAACAAAUUGCACCACAGCCUGACUUCAUUCCUUGAGCGUGCAGAAGAAAUGAUGCUAGCAACUGGUAGAGCGGAUCAUGCGGAUGGUGUCGCUCAUGUUUAUGCUCUCCAACAUCGUGCAGUAAAGGACUCGAGCGCACAAACGUCGCAACAGACAAUUUCUCAACACCUCCUGGAUCGGCUGGAGCAAACGUUGGCUGUUGCUCGGGGAAGCCUUGCACAAGCAGUUGCCAAGUACCCAAUGCACGGGCUACUCACCAGCAUUCGAUACGUCGUGAAUCAAUCACAAGGCACAGCAAGUAUUCCAAGUCCUCGACUAUGCGAUGAUUUGCAGCAAAUAUGGGAAGUCGUGAAGCCUGUGCUCUGCGAUGAUGCACCCGAGGGCUACGUGCCUGACGAAGUCGUGGAAGGCCUUGACUCGACCAAAGAGACCCUCAGCUACUGUUGGAGAGCUUUUAAAGAAGCUAGUCUAUUGAUGAGCAGCGUAGUAGCAUCUCGAAAGGUCGACGAACACGAACUGCAGCAGAUCAGCAACCUUUGCUUCACCCAGCUUGCUGAACUGCGGCAUCGUGGCGCAUUCUCCACCGUUGCCCAGACAUGGAUGACUUGCUGCAUGCAGUGCAAGGACCUAAAAUCUCCCAUGGGCAUCCCCAUGCUGGUGGACUGGUACACCAGAGUGCUCGGUAUGCUGCGCAAGAACGUCACCAUCAAUACUCGACGCUCUGCUGGGAUACCGUCGUUGCUGUGCGGCAUUCUGAUCGCGGACAGAUCUGGGAAGCUACUUUCGAAUGCCGUGACAGACCUCGAGACAAUCGCUCGCCAGCCGGUUGAUGCUGCAUCGGCAGAAGAGGGCAGCCUACCACAAGUUCAUGCUAUGAACUGUCUCAAAGAUAUGCUAAAGAACAGCAGGCUGGGCGAGCAGUCUGAGAAAUAUGUCCCACGUGCCCUGCAGCUUGCGGCUGAUGCACUGCGCUCAGAUGUCUGGGCAGUCCGCAACUGUGGGCUGAUGCUUUUCCGUGCCGUCAUUGAUCGCCUGCUGGGAACAGACCAGUCGCCCUUCGGGGAUGACGAUGCAUCUCAAAAACUGAUAUCCAUCCACCAACACCCACAGCUGAUUGAUGUGAUCCUCGACUUACUCUCCAAUUCGAAUCAGGCACAGACUGGCUUGUCGACUGGCUUCGAGGGAGUUUUCCCCGCGCUGCAGCUCUUGCAGCAUGUUCAGGUACCGCUUUAUCGGCUCGAUGUUGCCAAGCGAGCUGUGGAGAGUCUCACUGCCAGUGCGUCGUGGCACAUUCGAGACAAGGCUGCAAGAUCGCUUGCUGCUUUGAUGGCAAGAGAAGAACCCCUCGAGGCCCUGAACAACGUCCAAACUUUCAUUAUUGACAACGUGGCCAGUCAGAACGCUUUACGUGGGGCGCUCCUCACAGCGCAGCAUUUCAUCACCAGGCUGAGGCGUGCUGCUCAGCGCUCAAGUGAGACAACCUCGCCUACAAAUGGCCUGGCUUUGGACGACAUUCGUAGUUUAAGAGAGGAAUUCAUGGUGCAGAUAUCGUCUCUCGCCCAACAGUCAGGCUGCCCUGUGACGAGAGCUGCCGCAAUCGAUGUUGUCCGAGCUUUUGCGGAGUUAUCUUCGUCCGUUGGAUUAGAAGACCUCGACUUGCAGACUGGCGAACUGAUCCAAGCGAUCUCUGCUGAUGAUUUUGACCAUGCAUCACAAGCUGUACUGCGACAGGCUAUGGCUCGCCUGAUGGCUCUGAGGAUUUCUUGUGGUGAAGAAACUUCCCUUGACGAUGGUCAGGUUGAGCUCAUACGAUGGGCCUUGAGGCUUGCCCAAACAGAUCAGAAUGCGUGCGAACAUUUUCUGAGAUCGCUCAAUCCGCUCCAGCCUGCCUCUCAUGGACCUGCAGUCAGUCGUAUACACUCGCUCUGUGCAGAGAUCAUUCGCAGCGACCUUGGGAUUCACCUCAAAUGCGAAGCUCAGCGACUUCUGCUGACGUUAACUCCCAAUGACUGGUCGUCACUUACACGGAUGAGCAGCAAGUCGAUUGAUCCAAGACCCUAUCUCUCGGAACACGACUGUAACCAGCGAUAUGCAGAUCAAUGGCUGCAAAUACGGGCCAUCGAAAUUGACAACAGUGCAGGCAAUCUGCCAGAAGGGGAAAAAGACGUCUUGGCAGAUAUUGUUUCCUUCGUGGAUGACUGUGUUGCUGCCGUCAACGGUCACGGUGUGCAUAUGAGAGAAGCGGCAGCAUCUGCUAUUGAUCGCUUACACCAUCUGUGGAUCAUGCUGUCCAGGAGUGCAAUCUUCCACGACCAGUUGGCCCGGCUUUGUAUAGGCGUCUAUGACCUCCUCAACGACGACGAUGAAGACACACGAUUGCGUGCGGCUGCGGUCACCAAACGAAUCCUGGCAGCUGGGUCGUCAGGCAAAGUGCUUGAUCUGGAGCCCAUCACGGCCAGUCGCCAACUUCUCGCGUUCUCCGUUGACAGGUGGCCAUCGAGCUGGAUCCUGGCCCACACGGGAUUCAAACGAGCUUUCGGCACAUCUGAUACUGCAUCACGAUCGGUAGCCGAACAGCUAGCAGCGCUCUCACACGGCGAUACUGCACUGUUCGUGGAAGAGAAGCAGAACCUCUACAUUGACGAAGCUUCAGAAAUCCGUGUAUGGACGCGAGUCUUGUCAAAGCUGGCAGAGAUUGCGAUCUCCCGAAGACUGCUGGAAAAUCUUGGCUCGUGGGUCCUGGCAGGCUUGCGAACGCUCGCCCAAUACGCAGACACGCAUCCUGAUGGAGCCUUGGGUUGGAGCAGCAAGCCUGAUGUUUCCAAGUUGGUGCUGCAGGUUGUUUAUGGCGCUGAGAUGCUUUUGGACGUGGUCGAGCGGGGGAUCAGAUUGCCUGUGAGGCCUUCUGAGAUUAGGAGGGAGCUGUUCGAGUGCGCCAUUGCGUUUGAGAAGGCAGAUGUGGUUUGCUUGUUGAGGUGGGAAGUUGAGCGUGUACUUUCAGAGUCCGUUGUGCACAAAGUUGCACUGGUGCAUGAGAGGAUGGCUUUGUGGGGCCGGCACGUGGCGCGCGGGUAA